AUGUCUGAGGAGUUCCCAACACCGCAAUUGAUCGAUGACCUGGAGGAUCACCCACAGCACGAUAACACCAGGGUGAUCAAGGACUUGCUUGCCGGUACCGCUGGUGGUAUUGCACAAGUUCUGGUUGGGCAGCCGUUCGACACCACCAAAGUGCGACUACAAACAGCGAAAGUGCGCACCACAGCGAUGGAUGUCGUGAAGAAUCUGUUGGAGAAGGAGGGCCCUCGUGGGUUCUACAAAGGUACGCUAACGCCACUCGUAGGUGUUGGUGCCUGUGUCUCUUUACAAUUCGGUGUCAACGAGGCAAUGAAGAGGUUCUUUCGUAGCCAGAACGCGGAGAAAGGUAUCACAGCGACGACUUUGUCCCUACCGCAGUACUACCUGUGUGGUCUCACUGGUGGUCUUACCAAUUCUUUCUUGGCGUCUCCGAUCGAACAUGUGAGGAUACGUUUACAGACGCAGGUUUCAUCCGGGGCCGGGGCCGAGUUCAAGGGUCCCCUGGACUGUAUCAAGAAGUUGCGGAGCCAUGGCUCGUUGAUGCGUGGGCUGACACCGACGCUUCUGAGGGAGGGUCAUGGUUGUGGUACAUAUUUCUUGGUUUACGAGGCGCUCGUUGCAAACGAGAUCAAUAAGGGGUUGAAGAGAACGGAGGUACCAACGUGGAAGUUGUGUCUGUUUGGUGCGUUGUCCGGUACAACUUUGUGGAUCAUGGUGUAUCCGAUCGAUGUCAUCAAGUCGGUCAUGCAGACGGACGGCCUUGUGACCCGGAAAUGUGGUAAUAACAUGGGUCAAGUCGCGAAACAUAUCUUCAAGACGCACGGGAUAGGCGGGUUUCUGAAGGGGUUUGGCCCGACGAUUCUGAGAGCUGCGCCUGCCAAUGGGGCCACGUUUGCCACAUUUGAGCUGAUGAUGAGACUGUUGGGUUGA